CUGCCACGUCCCGGCGCCAGAAGCCCCACCUCUCUGACGGUGGCCACGUGAUCCCUUUCAAAGAUGGCCGCCCUGUUGUUUUGAUGAAUAAUACUUGGUGGGGCGAGGGGGAAAGAGUAGGGGUGGAGGGGUAGGAGGAUUUACUCUUCCAGCGAGAGCUAAGCGCGUCCCAUCCUCCCCCUCCCCCCUACCCGGACUCCGGCGUGGAGGCGGGGCGUGGCCGGCCUGCUUUGGGAGGGGAGGGGCUUCCCUUCCAGUGCUGGGCUCUGCCAGGACGGCUGUGGGGUCGCCUUACCUCGGGGUAUCCACUCUGCAGUCGACUAGUUCCCGCCCGGGGCAAAGGGUAGGAAGGAGAGAAGGAUCUGCUGUAGGAAACGCAGCUACCGCGCCACCAUCACGAAGACACAGCAGACUCGGGGCACGAGACGAGCUGGAGACCGCGCUCCCUAGUCUGGGUAACCUGGGAAGCAGAGGGUAAUAAGUGGCGCCUUAAGAUAACCCUGUAGCAGCAGCAGUGGCGGCCAAAGGAGGCUGCUCAGGGAAUAAGCGGCUGUAGUAGUCUCUGGGGCGAUUGGAGUGACUGAAGCCCAGGCAGUUCAGUGCCUCUCGUGUUCUUAUUUUUUAACCUCUGACUAUGCAAUUCUGAAACCUCCCCCAUUCGGGGGACCAGACAUCCUGAUAGACACCUUCCACUCUCCUUCCUCCCGCCGUGGUCUCGAGAACAGAAGGAUCUCUCCCUAACGCCUUUCACCAUUAAGAGGAAAGCGAUGGAGGAGCUGAGCGCUGAUGAGGUACAUCUGGACGAGGUGGCUCACACCUGUAAUCCUUGAACCAGGAGGUGGAGGUUGCAGUGAGCUGAGACCGUGCCAUUUCACUUCAGCCUGGGCAACAAGAACGAAACUCUGUCUCAAUUAAAAAAGAAAAAGAAAAAAGAUUCGACGGAGGCGCCUUGCACGACUUGCUGGUGGACAGACCUCUCAGCCGACCACCCCACUCACUUCUCCCCAGAGGGAGAACCCCCCGGGACCUCCCAUAGCGGCAUCAGCCCCAGGACCCUCUCAGAGUCUUGGUCUCAAUGUCCACAACAUGACCCCAGCUACCUCCCCAAUAGGUGCAUCAGGAGUAGCCCAUCGAAGCCAGAGCAGUGAAGGAGUCAGUUCUCUCAGCAGCUCGCCCUCUAAUAGCCUUGAAACACAAUCUCAGUCUCUCUCACGUUCCCAGAGCAUGGAUAUCGAUGGAGUCUCAUGCGAGAAAAGCAUGUCCCAGGUAGAUGUGGAUUCAGGAAUUGAAAACAUGGAGGUUGAUGAAAAUGAUCGAAGAGAAAAACGGAGCCUCAGUGAUAAGGAGCCUUCCUCGGGCCCUGAAGUAUCUGAAGAGCAGGCCUUACAGCUGGUCUGUAAGAUCUUUCGUGUCUCUUGGAAGGACCGGGACAGAGAUGUCAUCUUUCUUUCUUCUCUUUCUGCACAGUUUAAGCAGAACCCAAAAGAAGUGUUCUCCGAUUUUAAGGACUUGAUUGGUCAGAUUUUAAUGGAAGUGCUAAUGAUGUCCACUCAGACUAGAGAUGAAAACCCAUUUGCCAGUCUGACAGCUACAUCACAGCCAAUUGCUGCAGCAGCACGGUCGCCAGACAGAAAUCUCCUGCUAAACACUGGCUCCAAUCCGGGAACAAGCCCCAUGUUCUGCAACGUGGGUUCCUUUGGCACCAGCUCUUUGUCUAGCCUCUAUGAAACUAGUCCGGCUCCCACUCCCAGUUUCUGGAGCUCUGUGCCCAUGAUGGGCCCGUCUUUUGCCUCACCUUCCCGUGCAGCCAGCCAGUUGGCUGUGCCUUCCACUCCCCUCAGUCCUCAUAGUGCAGCCUCUGGAACUGCUGCAGGAAGCCAGCCCUCAUCCCCACGGUAUCGCCCCUACACUGUCACUCACCCGUGGGCAUCCUCAGGCAUCUCCAUUCUGUCAACCUCCCCAAGUCCCCCUGCUCUCACCAGUAACCCCCAAGCAGUGCCUGCCAGCAGUUCCAGACAGAGGCCCAGCAGCACCGGUCCACCCCUACCACCCGCCUCACCCAGUGCCACGAACAGACGCCCCUCCUCCCUGAGGAUCUCUCCUAGUAUGUACGACAAUCCUUUCUCCUUCCUCUUCCUCGCACUUUCUGGGGACAGUAGUGAUGAAGAAGAUGAAGAAGAUGAUGAUGAUGAUGGUGAUGGUGAUGGUGAUGAUGAAGGUGGUGGUGGUGGUGAUGAUUUUUCUUAUGUCCAGUUUGGGUCCAGUUUGGGAGCCUCUGGUGGAGCAAGUAAUUGGGAUUCCUACAGUGACCAUUUCACCAUUGAAACCUGCAAAGAGACAGAUAUGCUGAACUACCUCAUCGAGUGUUUCGACCGAGUUGGAAUAGAGGAAAAAAAAGCACCAAAGAUGUGCAGCCAGCCAGCAGUCAGCCAGCUUCUGAGCAACAUCCGCUCGCAGUGCAUAUCCCAUACUGCUUUAGUACUACAAGGCUCCCUGACACAGCCCAGGUCCUUGCAGCAGCCGUCCUUCCUAGUGCCGUACAUGCUGUGUAGGAAUCUCCCAUAUGGCUUCAUUCAGGAACUGGUGAGAACCACUCACCAGGAUGAAGAAGUGUUCAAGCAGAUAUUUAUCCCCAUUUUACAAGGCCUGGCUCUUGCUGCCAAAGAGUGCUCCCUCGAUAGUGACUACUUUAAAUACCCCCUCAUGGCACUAGGUGAGCUCUGUGAAACCAAGUUUGGGAAGACACACCCUGUGUGCAAUUUGGUUGCUUCUUUGCCGUUGUGGUUGCCGAAAUCCUUAAGCCCUGGCUGUGGGCGGGAGCUGCAGAGACUCUCUUACUUGGGGGCUUUCUUUAGCUUCUCAGUCUUUGCAGAAGAUGAUGUUAAAGUGGUUGAAAAAUAUUUCUCAGGGCCUGCCAUUACCCUGGAAAACACUCGUGUGGUUAGCCAAUCAUUGCAGCAUUACUUAGAACUCGGAAGGCAAGAGCUUUUUAAGAUUCUGCAUAGUAUUUUGUUAAAUGGUGAAACCCGUGAGGCUGCUCUCAGUUACAUGGCGGCUGUCGUCAAUGCCAAUAUGAAGAAGGCGCAGAUGCAGACAGAUGAUAGAUUAGUAUCUACAGAUGGAUUUAUGCUGAAUUUCCUUUGGGUACUACAGCAGCUAAGUACAAAAAUCAAGUUAGAAACAGUUGAUCCCACGUAUAUUUUUCACCCACGAUGUCGAAUUACUCUUCCAAAUGAUGAGACGCGUGUGAAUGCAACGAUGGAAGAUGUGAAUGACUGGCUGAGUGAACUCUAUGGCGAUCAGCCUCCAUUUUCUGAGCCGAAAUUCCCUACGGAGUGCUUCUUUCUCACCCUGCAUGCUCACCACCUCUCUAUUCUGCCUAGUUGCCGUCGCUACAUCCGCAGACUCCGGGCUAUCCGGGAGCUCAAUAGAACUGUGGAAGAUUUGAAAAAUAAUGAAAGCCAAUGGAAAGAUUCCCCACUGGCAACUAGACACCGCGAAAUGCUGAAGCGCUGUAAAACUCAGCUUAAGAAACUGGUACGGUGCAAGGCCUGUGCUGAUGCUGGCCUACUUGACGAGAGCUUUCUGAGAAGAUGUCUGAAUUUUUAUGGCCUUCUCAUUCAGCUGCUGCUCCGCAUCCUGGACCCCGCAUAUCCCGAUAUAACACUGCCUUUAAAUUCAGAUGUCCCCAAGGUAUUUGCAGCAUUGCCUGAGUUUUAUGUAGAAGAUGUUGCAGAAUUUUUAUUUUUUAUUGUACAAUACUCUCCCCAGGCGCUUUAUGAGCCCUGCACUCAGGAUAUCGUGAUGUUCCUUGUCGUGAUGUUGUGCAACCAGAACUACAUCCGAAACCCGUAUUUGGUGGCCAAACUUGUAGAAGUCAUGUUUAUGACCAACCCUGCUGUUCAGCCACGAACCCAGAAGUUUUUUGAAAUGAUUGAGAACCAUCCUCUCUCUACCAAGUUGUUGGUACCUUCCCUGAUGAAGUUUUAUACAGAUGUUGAGCAUACCGGAGCCACCAGCGAGUUUUAUGACAAGUUCACCAUUCGCUAUCACAUCAGCACCAUUUUUAAAAGCCUUUGGCAAAACAUAGCUCACCAUGGCACCUUUAUGGAGGAGUUCAAUUCCGGGAAGCAGUUCGUUCGCUACAUAAACAUGUUGAUAAACGACACGACAUUUUUGCUCGAUGAAAGUCUGGAGUCUCUGAAGCGAAUCCAUGAGGUGCAGGAAGAGAUGAAGAACAAAGAACAGUGGGACCAGUUGCCCCGGGAUCAGCAGCAGGCCCGUCAGUCUCAGCUCGCUCAGGACGAGCGCGUGUCCCGCUCUUACCUCGCCCUGGCCACCGAAACCGUGGACAUGUUCCACAUCCUCACGAAGCAGGUCCAGAAGCCCUUCCUCAGACCGGAACUUGGACCCCGAUUGGCUGCAAUGCUGAACUUUAAUCUUCAGCAACUCUGUGGCCCCAAGUGCCGUGACCUGAAAGUUGAAAACCCUGAGAAAUACGGCUUUGAACCAAAGAAGCUGUUGGACCAACUGACGGAUAUUUACUUGCAGCUAGACUGUGCUCGGUUCGCGAAAGCCAUUGCUGACGACCAGAGAUCCUACAGUAAGGAAUUGUUUGAAGAAGUUAUUUCAAAGAUGCGGAAGGCAGGGAUCAAAUCUACAAUAGCGAUAGAAAAAUUUAAGCUGCUCGCCGAGAAAGUGGAGGAGAUAGUGGCCAAGAACGCACGCGCAGAAAUCGACUACAGCGACGCUCCCGACGAGUUCAGAGACCCUCUGAUGGACACCCUCAUGACUGACCCUGUGCGACUGCCCUCCGGCACCAUCAUGGACCGCGCCAUCAUCCUGCGGCACCUGCUCAACUCCCCCACGGACCCCUUCAACCGGCAGACGCUGACAGAGAGCAUGCUGGAACCAGUGCCAGAACUGAAAGAGCAGAUUCAGGCGUGGAUGAGAGAGAAACAGAACAGUGAUCACUAAACCGUCCCCACUGCCCACCCUCUGCUAGACACAGCCAAGGCCAACGAGGCGAGCAGAAGCAGUGGCCGCUGCGAAGCUGCCAUUCACGUGUUGGAGGCCAAAUGUGGCAAACCACCCCAGGCCCACCCAGAGCCAGCAAACGCUGAGACCUGAAAGGACGUGGAUGAGAAGAGGAGCCCAAUUCCUGUACAUAUAUUUAAGUGACAAACACGAUCAAAAGCUUAAGGGACAAGUUUCAUGCUUGCGUGUGUAAUAAAGCACGUCCUUCUUAUGUCACAGUUUGGGGCAACGGAAGUCUUUUAGUGAUGGCUAAUGGGUCUGGGCAGCAUCCCUUCAUGAAUUCUUUUUUAAUCCAAUAUCCGUUGAUUUGAUUGUGAUUAGAGAACCUUGGACAUUUUGCUGCUAAAGAAUCUUUUCUCCCCUUUUCCCCACUCCUGACCCUACUUGCACUGCUGUGGAUUUUUUAAGAGAAGCAAAAACAAAAAUAAACUCCUUUCCCUGGCCCUCCAAACAUAUAUUCUGUGAGAUAACUGUGCCUGCUACCAAGUGUUAAUCCUGGGAUCGUAUUUUUAUAUCAUAUUCACAUAUUUGUUUUUUUAAUUGGUGUUAGAUGACAUGAUUAAUAAAAAAGGCAAGAUAUUUUCAGAAUUUGAAUUUCAGCUUUUUUUUUCUUUUGAAAUGUCCCUUUAAGAUUUUUUUAUUCUAAACAAAAUAAAGAAAAUCUUGCUGCUCUGGUCCUUAUAAUAAGCUCUCUCUUAGGAAUCUGAGGAGCAGUUGCAGCAAAAUCUAAGGGGUGUAAGUGUAUCAGGACUCACGUGACUUAGGGUAUUUUGGGGAGAUGAGGGUUGCGUUUUUUUUUUUUUAAUGCUACAUGACAGUUCGAAACCUUUACAGUUCUCCUCUGGAGGGAAUUGAGUUCCUCAACCCUUGGGUGUGUGAGUUUGAGGCAGGGUCAUUUGUAUGAUGUGUUUGGCCUUACCAAAGCAAAAGAGGGUGCAGGGAUGCGGGAGUAUGUCUGCCAGUUGAAACACACACAGACAAACACAGCCACAUGCACACACAAGUAUAAGACUUUUUGUAUUACUGCUCCCUACUUAUCAUACUUGAAUUCCUGAAUUUCCUUUGGGGUUAAAAAGGAUUUGAAACCAUAAAGUGUUUUGAAGAAAUUAAGUCUCUAAAAAAACAUACUUUCUUUUUUCUUUUCCUUUUUUCCCCCUCCACAGACAAUGUCCUCUGUUCAAUUCCUAACGCAAACUACAAUAAAUGGUGAUACACAUUCAGAAGAAA